AAACCUAAACCCUACCCCACCCCUGAAGGCUGAGCUCCAACGUCACCCACAGGCGCACAGGCCACACCCCAGAGCUCCAACAGCUGUGAUCUAUCCCAGACAUUAACAUCGAGGACAGCACGACUGCCGUCAAGGCCGCUAAUAACCGCCGACGAUCCCUGCGUCGAGUACUGCGAACACGAAGUCGAGGCAAGAGCGAGAACAGGACAUCGCGCGCGGCUAGCAAACGCCCGAGAUAGACGGAGAACCACCAUCGCGCACGGCUGGCCGCUGCAAAGCGCAGAGGGGCUGCCUCGACCCCAGCACUCCUGGACGACCCCGGCGCGCUGCCCCUAGCCAUGGCGGCUACGCCCGCAAACGCCCUCGGGCCGGCCCUGGUCGCCUUUGCCAUCGAGGGCUCGUUCCCAGACGAGCAUCUAUCCUCACUCAAGAUCGCGCCCAAGGAGCUCCCUGCCGGGAUCAAGGCCCUACAGGACGCGAAAUCAACACUCGAGGACGAAAUCCGCACCGUCAACCACGAGACCGCCGACGAUGUCAAGACGUGGUAUGACAAUGCCAAGACACUCCAGGACGACAUCAACCGCUCCAAGCAGAUGGCCGGUGAUAUCCAGCGGGAGGCAGAGGAACCCGAGGUCUCGGGAAAGACUGUUGAGGAGGCCGAGUCCAGGGCAGCGUUUCUAGUGCGCGAGCUGAACUACAACGACCAGCUAAUUCAGACCCUGCGGGCCAUCAAAGCUGUAACUACCAUACUUGACGAGGUUGAGCAGGCCCGCGCCGAGAGGCGCAUCCUGGACGCGCUCCAUCUGCUAGAGAAAUCGUGGGCGAGUCUAGACGCCCUCUCCGUCAGCGGCUCGUGUAAAGCCGUCAAGCUGCUAAACAUGCGCGCCUUUGAGCUCAAGUCGGAUGUGCACGAGGUCUUUGACCACGUCUGGAAUGCACUCGUUCACCUCGACGCCGAGAAGUCCGAGUUUUCAGUCCAGCAGACCCGCUCAGAUGAGCCUAUGAGUCUGCCUGAUGCCGUAGUUGGCCUCCAGGCGUACAAGGAAGUCGACCGGCGGAUGUCUGAUCUCUGGCAUGGCCUGGACGAGGCCAUUGUCGGUCCAAGGAUGGACCUACAGAGCUCCUCUCCUCUACCUGGCAUUCAAGUUCAAGAUCAAUGUUUACGAGCCACAGGGGAAUCUGUACGAACUGUCGAGGCGUUGUUUGCAGAUCUCGUCCAGAUCCUCAAGUUCCUCGCAGCUGCCCUUCCUCUCGAGCUUGUGGAGGUCCUGUCCAAGGUCAUGAUGCCUGAAUUAAUCAACAGGAUCAUAAACGUGUGGCUCAGCGCGGCAGUGCCAGCGUCCCUGAAGGACAUGAACGAAUUCCAAGCCGUGAUCGAGUCUGCCAGGGCGUUUUGUGCUCAGGUGACAAGCUUGGGCUUCUCAGAACUCGACGAUCUCCAGGAAUGGGUCGAGAGCGCGCCCAAAGUCUGGCUCUCCAAAUGCCGGGAAGCGGCGCUGGAUACCAUUCGCACAAAACUAUCACAAGGACUGGGAACGCCCAAGCAAGUGGAGAGGAUAGAGACACAGAUUGUUUCCCGGUCCGAAGGCAAAGAACUCGCCGCAAACGGUCCGUCAGCCGGCGCAGCCACCGACGAUCACGGAUGGGACUCGGCCUGGUCAGAUGGCGACGCCGGGGAGCAACAAGAAAGCGCCGUGGAGAGCAAGAAGCCCGCAGAACCCGCCCCAGAAGUUGGCGAUGACGAUGUCGACGCAUGGGGUGCCUGGGGUGCUGACGAGGAGAUCUCGGACGAGGCCAAGGUCGAGGAUGGCAAGUCCGAUGCCAAGGAUGACCCCAAGCAGGACGAGAAAGAAGCGAAACGAGACGCCAAGGGCGCCAACGAUGACGAAAGCGAUGCGGCAGAUGCCUGGGGCUGGGGCGAGGACGACGUGCAGGAGGAGCCUUCAGCAGCGCCCGAAGCAAACCCUGCUCCCAACCCUCGUGCCGACCACAAGGCAAACACGGGGUCUAGAGAGCUGACAUUGAAGGAGACGUACAACAUCACUUCUAUGCCAGACCCUGUGCUCUCCCUAGUAUUUUCUAUCCUUGAGGAUGGCGCUGCGCUCACGCAAACAAGCCAUGAGAGCAACCCCGUCGCCACUGCUGCCGCCGGUCUUUUCAGUGUUCCAACGCUGGUCCUUGCCAUGUUCAGGGCGGUGUCGCCGUACUACUAUUCAGCAGGCCUAGGCGGAAACAUGUACCUUUAUAACGACGCCACUUACUUGGCAGGGAGGCUUGCCGACUAUGCGGCAGCAUGGAAAGCCCGAGAGGACCUGACAAGCCGCGCCAGGAACAUGUUGCGAAUAGAUAACGAUGUUAAGGCCCUGCAGGCCUUUGCCAACCGUGCAUAUAGCAACGAAAUGAGCACACAGAAGACCAUUGUGAAGGACCUUCUGGGAGGGCAGCAAAGCGUGAUGGAACAGAGCUUUAUGGAGUCGGCUGUGGCGCAGGUACGGUCGGUCUCGGCGGCCUGGGAUGGGAUUCUGACCAAGUCGGCCUGGUUCCAGGCGGUGGGUUCUCUCGUCGACGCCGUGGCGACCAAGGUCAUCGCCGACGUCAUGGAGAUGCCCUCGAUCGGCCAAGACGAGGCCUACAAUAUCGCAAACAUGAUUUCAAGCAUCACCGAGCUUGACGAUCUCUUCCCACCAACCCGCAUAGGCGACGAACAGAUCCCGUCGACAAGCCAGUACGUGCCCUCGUGGCUACGACUCAAGUACCUCUCCGAGGUGCUGCAAUCGAACCUACGUGAGGUUCGCUACCUAUGGAUCGAGAGCGAGCUCAGUCUCUACUUUACGCUCGAGGAGACGCUGGACCUCAUCAGUGCCAGUUUCGAGGACAACGCGAGGACAAAGGAGAUCGUGCGCGAAAUCAAGGCCAAUCCACAUCCCAUACAGACGUAGUGCCAGGGACGCCAUCCACCCGAUGAUGAUGCGCUGAUGGUGGACAAAGCGGUCGCUAUAGGCUGGCCAACCGAAUAAUAAUUCAUAGACGACAAACCCGAGCAACCCAUGCCCUGUGGCGCCAAGCAUGUGCGUAGCCAUGGUCUGAUACACCGCCGGACACAAGAGCCAGAUCCUGUGGGCGCUUCCAUCUGUGGCCCCGAUGUCCGACGUGAGCGACAGAAACGGUUGGACAGACAACGACAUCGGUCAUCUCGCAGGGUCGGGCGAGUCGGGGCAAACAGGAGCAUCCUGGAGCCAGAUCUGGGCCCAUCAACCUUGCUGAAUGGUGCCAUGCUCUCGCCGUGGCGGCGGCCACUGCUUCCGCGCCACCCGCCGUACGCUUUGUGUCACGGCCAGGAUGGGGGGGUACAAAUUCGCCGAGCGACGCCACGGUUCCACGCGCACGCAUUGCAGCACCAAGGUUGGGCCAUACGAAAAGGCCGCGUGUGGGAUACGACAUGGCACACGAGAAGACCCUUGCGGGCCACGAUGAGCGCUAGUAAGACGUCUUGCAUCAUCAUAGAGACGACUCUCAACGGAUCAUGGACUUUUUUUUUCUGGAGAGGACGCAUGACGGAACACCGCACGGUCUCCUGACUUCAAACCUAAACGUGGCCUUGGUCCUUUUGUCUUACUCUUCUUUUUCUUCCUCUUCGGAAAAGGGGCGCGGCGUUAUCGGAAGGACGUGCGAGGCGGUCGGGACUGAGGAAGCCACAGGAGCACAAGGUGGUGGCACGGGAGCGGCUUGUUGCAUGUGGCAUAUGGCCUGCCUGCCUACCUGCUUGCCUGCCUGAUCGAGUACAACAGCCGUGGGAAUAUUAAGAUAAGGAGAAGAAAAGGAAAGAGAUUAAAUCAAAAACAGACAACAUCAAACAGCCGAAGGCGAGGUACGGGAUCGAACCUUUCCCCGCACUGUACACGCCCAAGUGCGAGGGUGCCAUGUUUACAAAUCCAUACACAAGCUUGAGGUGUGUCCAGGCAUGGUGACACGGGGCGCGAACCACUGCCUGUUGCCUCUGCGCAGCCUGGCUAGGUACAUGUGUGCCUCGCGCUAGGUCGAGUACCUGCCCAGCCGCACCGCUGCCCCUUGGUAGAUGACAUACCGUAGUAUCUAGAUAGGUACCUAGAGUAGGUAUCCAUGUCUCUCUCUUCUCCCAACCCCCCUCACUCCCAGCCCCCCAGCCGCC